UAACAUGUUACUCACAGUUAAAUUAAGAGGGGACGGCAGUAAAAACUCCGGACCUGUGACAUCAUCACGUACGCUGGUGUUCCAAUUGUACAAAUCACGAGUCCGUGCUCGCGUUCUCGGCGAGUCCGUACUCCCGUGCGUUCUCGGCCAGUACGUACUCGCCGACAACGCGAGUACGUACUGGCGUACUUGAGAAUUGAGAAACGGCCCUGAAGUUUAAUCCAGCCAUGAGUGCGGACAUUUUUCACUUUUUUACUGCUCUCAGAUCAGUGAUGAGAUUUUAGGUAAAAGUUCGACACUUUGGUAUCUGGAGUGAUGUUUGCAUGCUAUCUAUAUUUUUCUGUCAAUCGCGGAUUUGUAUUUAUUCGUGUAAAUGCUUUUGCAGUAAAUCUUUAUUAAGAGAAACGCGGGUGAAGUGAAUGUGUUUCGACUCUCUGAGGUGUUCAGAGUGAAAAAAGUAGGUCACAGUGCUCUGACGCUUACGUCAUUCCACAACUGGUCCGACCUGUCGAGGAGCGACUCGCUGGCACGUCUCAGAUGAAACUCAUCCGACAGGCGUGUGCAUAAAGACAGAUCCCCAGCUCAGCAGCCAGACACGAAGUUCUCAGCCGACAUCCACCAUGUUUCACCUCUUGCUUGUGGCCGUUGUACUUCUGGGAGGAUACAUCCUCCUCACACAGACUCUCUUCAAAAGAUCCAAAUGCAAAGGAAACGCCGCGAUGUCAGGGAAGACCGUCAUUAUCACAGGAGGAAAUACAGGCAUUGGUAAAGCCACGGCUUUGCAUCUGGCCAGGAAAGGAGCCAGAGUGAUCCUGGCCUGCCGAAACAAGAACAAAGCUGCAGCUGCCAUUGCAGAAAUAGAAACGGAAACGGGAAGUACAGACGUGAUCUACAUGCACUUGGACCUAGCCAGUCUGAAGUCUGUCCGCAGCUUCGCUGAAACAUUCCUGAAAACUGAGUCCAGGCUGGAUUUGCUCAUCAACAAUGCUGGAUUGGUGGCAGACGGGCGGACUGAGGAUGGAUAUGGCAUCGAGUUUGGGGUGAACCACUUGGGUCACUUCCUGUUGACCAAUCUGCUGUUGGAGAGGAUGAAGAAGACUGGGGGAGGACGAGUGAUCACCCUGUCCUCCAUGGCUCAUCGCUGGGGACACAUUGACUUUAACGCUCUGGUUGCAAACAAAGACCUGGGAACUGGCAGAUAUAGCUGGCAAUUUUUCCAUGCAUACUGCAACAGCAAACUGUGCAAUGUGCUUUUCACCCAUGAGCUUGCCAAGAGGCUGAAAGGAACUGAUGUCACAUGCUACAGUGUUCACCCAGGUGUUGUCCGGACUGAACUGUCUAGAAAUGUCAGCCUGUGGCAGAAGAUUUUCAUCCAGCCUGUGGCCUGGUUGCUAUUCCUGGACCCAGAGACAGGAGCUCAGGCCACACUGCACUGUGCCUUGCAGGAAGGACUCGAACCUCUGAGCGGGAAGUACUUCUCCUGCUGUGAGGCACAGGAAGUGUCCGCUCAUGCCCGAGAUGACAAGGUGGCCCUGAAACUGUGGGAGGUCAGCGAGAAACUCUGUGGACUGGCAUAGAUUUAUUCACCUUGCUAUAAACUGGUUGUCGAGUCCAUGAGCGAUGAGCUGUCAUUCUGUCCUUUCUAACGGUAUCGGUGGUACAGUGCUAUAUGAACAUCUAGUUUGCUGUACAGCACUUCUCUUUCUUUUUUUUUUAAUCCGUAGACUUUUUCUUUUUUCUGAAAUUUAAACAUCAUUUCUGGUGUUCAAUUUAAUUGGUGUUGCUACAGUGCCAUCAGCAGGAUAGAAGCUGGGAAUAAUCAGUGUCCCUUUUUUUUUUUUUUUUUUAAAUAUGGUGUAUUUAUUGGGAGCUGAUACAUAUUUGGUAUGUUACUGUUCUGUCACCUGUUGUGAGACAACAGCAACAUGUUUUAAUAGUUUCUUCAUAUUUUUUUUUAAAUCAUUUUUUAUUUUGUAUUUUUAUGUAAAUAUUUUUGAAUUCUCUGUACAUUGUUUAUACUGAGGUCCUUACUGAAGUCCUUACUGAAGUUUGCCUUAAUAAAAAAUGUCGACCAGAAUCUGUCCUCUUGGCAUACAUGCCAACCGUCACGAUUUUUCCGGGAGAAUCCUGAAUUUCAGUGCCCCUCCCGAAAAUCUCCCAGAGCCACCAUUCUCUGGCGGCAGCUACUUAGUUUUGAUAUUACUCUUAUUACUCUUUCUGGGUCACAAAAUAAACUUUUAACAUAUUUUCAGGCAAGAAUGUAGCUGUGUAAACUUCAAAUAUCUGCGCCGGUGAGAACAGCAAACCCCCGCGGUUUUUCGCUACUCAGGUUAAACAUGAUAAGUCACUCAGAUAACUUAAAAAUGUUAUUGUUUGGCUUUUUUCAGUGUUUUAUUUCUUUGUGAGUAAAUCGGUUUGGC